AUGGCCAGGUCGCCCGGUGAAGCUACAAUGGUGGAACGCCUCAGUGGCCUGUUGUCAAAAGCAAUAGUUAAACAACCACUUAACACGGAGGAUCAGAUUCGAAAGCAGCUUGGUUGUCUCAUGUUGUUUCCUGCUGAGAGAUUUUUGCGAGCAACCACAUCGGCAGACCAUCUCCAACAGACUGAAGGGUCUAAUUCGCAUCUACUCACUUAUUCAUUUGGUGAUAUUCUGUGGAUUCCAAACAUAUCAGCCUCCAGUCCGACACUUUUUGGUGUGAAUCUAACCAGAAUUCGAGGCGGAAGCGAAUGUCCUUGGAGCAUCACUUUUUGUGAUGAGAUCCUCAAAGUCUGCAUGGAUUCGCUUAUCUUGUUUUCAGCUGAUCCCCAGCAAGCCAAUAAGCGCAUUGCCACUCUUCUGAAGCUCCACAGAGACUCCAGAAAUCCGGUUGGCUGGUUACACACAGCCAAUCAAUGGGCUGUCCCAGUUGGGCUAUUUUGCCCACAGAGCUGUAACAUUCGCCGCAGCAUUGUAAUUGUAGGGCAAAGGGCGGUCUUCGAGGUGGACGACUUCGAUGAGGAAAUCGUGACGGUGGGUGCCAACUGGCCGCUUGCUCUGAGUGGCCUUGACGAUGCCUUCGGAAAUUGGAGGAAGCGACAGAAAAAGCAUGAUGGACAAGACACCACCUCUCAGCACAUUCUGAGAACAGCUCGAAGGGCGGGUGCCCAGUUGUCUACCGAAAUGCUAGCUUGUGCUCGUCGCACAGUCAAAAGUGGCCGGAUUCCAAUCGUUGUGAUUGCUCUCUCGGUUCUGGGGGAAUGGCGCGCCUCAGCCGAAUUGGCGGCUUUUGUUGUACUACUGCAGUCAGCUAGUGCUAGGAAUUGUUUAAUUGAGACCCCGGAGAAUGUAGACAUCAGCUUGGCCCAUACGCCAAGCAAUCCGGCAAGGUCUGCACGUGCGGUCUUGGAAGCCUUCCACAAUAUGAACACAGGAAACGGCUCAAACACAAUUCCAUGGAAGCCUGAAAUUUGGUAUACCGGGGGUUCAGCAGAAAGUUGCUUCACCUCCAGCAUUUGUCCUCAAGGUUGCUUUUGCACGUUUGCCAUGCCGGGGGAUGUUGUGAAGGGAAAGAAGCUUUUUGUUCAGCGGUGUUCGCAGUGUCAUACUGUUGACAAAGGAGGUAGCCACAAAACUGGACCAAAUCUUCAUGGGUUAUUCGGUCGCCAAACUGGCCAGGCUCCUGGUUACGAUUACACUGCAGCGAACAAAAACAAGGGUACAACUUGGAAUGAGGAUACUCUUGAUGAAUACUUGGUUAAUCCGAAGAAGUACAUACCUGGGACUAAAAUGGUUUUUGCCGGUCUCAAGAAGGAAACCGAUAGGGCCGACCUUAUUGCUUAUUUAAAGGAGGCUACACGAUGA